AUGGGUUUCCUCUCAGUGGUAAUCCCUCCCGACAUUACUGAUGACGAUGGAUCAGAGGCUAGUGCUCCAGAAGGUGGUUCCGUAGAUCUUGGCUGUACUGCUACAGGCGUACCUGAGCCAAUCAUAUCUUGGAGGAGGACUGAGGGUAGGAGCAUCGUGUUCCGUGAUAAUGACGGCAAAGAGAACAAAUCAGUAGAAAGCUUCGUGGGGUCUACUCUGUCACUUCGUAAUCUGCGAAGGUCGGAUAUGGGGACCUAUUUAUGCAUAGCUGCCAACGGUAUUCCUCCUACUAAGAGUCGAAAAUAUGAUGUCUCUGUAUUUUUUCAACCGAUGAUUCGAGUGGAAAGUCCAGUCGUGCUACGAUCAGUGGACAUGCAAGUCAGUCUACAGUGUUACAUCGAAGCCUCACCUAAGUCACUUAUAACAUGGCAACGAGGCAAAUCACAUACAGGUGCAAAACUACUAAAUAGUUCCAAGUACGUGAUGACGGAGCAUAUGACCAACGAGUACGCACUGUGGACAAACUUAACUAUCAAUCGCUUAAAGAAGAGCGAUUUCGGCGAGUAUUCGUGUUCAGCCGUCAAUGCAUACGGUAGAGCAGAAGGCGUCGUAAUUUUAAAAGAGACGCCGCAACGGACAACCACAACGACAACAACAACAACAACUACAACUACAACAACGACAGCGGCACCGACAACGGUACCGACUACCACGCGGCCUCCGAAGCGUCACCUGAAAAAACAACUAGACCGCGGCUACAACUCACUGGACGCCGACCUUCGGCACCCCGAAAUCAACAAUGCGUUAAACUUUUACAACGCGUACGGCCUGAACAACACGUACAACGAAUAUGCUCAACGGACCGAGAAGCAAAAAGUUAGGCCGUCCGGUCCGCCCCGCCGUUACAUUGAUUACAAUGACGCCACUAGGGCGUACACAGCUGUAUUCGCAAUUUUACUCGCCAGUCUAAACGCUCUCGUACAAUAA